AUGCAUGGUAUGGAAUCCAUCGACCAGAACCUUAUGGCCGGCACGCCAACAUCCUUCGACUGGCAAGCGACGCCUUCGCACCUCAAUCUCGACACCACAAUACCCGCCACAUUCACCGCCGAUGACUUGGAUAUGGGUUCUUUCUCAGCCAGAAGCGGGAGCAUGCCUUCCAUCGCCAUAGACGAAUGUGAGCCUUUCCCCAACUUCUCCACGCCGUCUUCACCAGUACCUUCAUUAUGGUUAGGUACCACGCGUGCCUCGUCACCCGAUUCGAUGCCACCUGGAUCCGCACUACCGCAGUUCGGAACGGCAUACCCACCCAUGAGCAAACCCAUGCCAUCGUCGAUCGAACCGCACACGGCGCCAUCUUGGGAGUUCAUGGCUCAAGCAAGCUCCAGUCAGUUACAACCAGGUACUAGCAGUCGAGGUCAUUCUCGGAAGACUUCAACCUCUUCCCUGUCUCAGGCUAGUAAUGAGCAGGCCAUGUCGCCAAUUCCUGAAGUCGAGGAUGACAUCCUCCCUCUGGCUCCAGCACCACGACUACCCCGUCAAGGCAUAUUCGCUGCUCGUCAUACGGAGAGUCCUGGCCCUGGCUCUUCCCGAUCAAGUUUCACCGACCGCAGUCGUGCUCUGGCAACCACUCCACUUCCCAGUCGCUUCGAAGCAGAGACCUUGACAACGGAGUUCGUCCAACAUCUCGAGUCCCUGGACUAUAGAGCUUACUCCAUCACCCCCUCACUCUUCUCUCGGUUCUGCGAAUCUGUUUACCCCAACGCUCAGCGACCUGCUGUCGAAAUCUCUGCCUCCAUGCCAAUGGCACGCUUCCAUGUCUUCCUAGCAAUGGCCAUUGCGAUGAAGGUGAGGAUCAAGGAUGCGCCAGAAAAUACAAACGCGCUCCUUGAUACUUGCUACGAGCUUGCCAUGCAGCAAGCUUGUUCUUCCACAUUUUGGCAAGAGACAGGUGGGAUGGAAGCAGCUCAACUGUUGGCACUUUUUGCCUCGCUUCGCAAACCUGCUAGCGAAGAGCCGCGCGGUCUUCAGCACUCCUUCUCUUGGUGA